AUAGGGUUUCGAUUUCCUUCAAUUCCACUCUCUUAUAUACUUUCUGUCUCGUAUACCUAUUCGUGUCCGUAUCCGUGCAUGUAUACGUAUAGAAACGUGUUGUGUGGUAUUUGAAUUUAUUAUACGUGUAAUCUAGGGUUUGAUUAGGAGAUAAGUUUUUACGUUUGUGAUUAGUUUAUAAUUGCUUUGAAUUUUGAAAUAACGAGGUGUGUUUUCUUUUGUGAUCAAUGUUUAGAUUUUUUAGCAAGAUGGCCGAUAAUCCGACCAGUCCGGCGGCGGGGAGCCACGAGAGUGGUGGUGAGCAGAGCCCGCGGUCAGGGGUGAGAGAGCAGGAUAGAUACCUGCCUAUUGCUAAUAUCAGUAGGAUCAUGAAGAAGGCGUUGCCGGCUAAUGGAAAAAUUGCAAAGGAUGCUAAGGAUACUGUUCAGGAAUGUGUUUCCGAGUUCAUUAGCUUUGUCACCAGCGAGGCGAGUGAUAAGUGUCAGAAGGAGAAGAGGAAGACGAUCAAUGGGGAUGAUUUGUUGUGGGCAAUGGCAACGUUAGGAUUUGAGGAUUAUAUUGAGCCACUUAAGGUGUACCUGGCUAGGUACCGGGAGUUGGAGGGUGAUGCAAAGGGGUCUGCUAGAGGUGGAGAUGGAUCUUCUAAACGGGAUGCAGUUGGAGGUCUGCCUGGUCAAAAUGCACAGUUUGCUUUUCAAGGAUCGAUGAACUAUACGAGUCCACAAGUGCAGGGACAGCAUAUGAUCCUUCCUUCCAUGCCAGGCAACGAGUAGGGUUUGGCUUUGCUUUGGUCAAUUCAGUGAAUUAGUGGUACCAUGUUAUAUGCUUGUCAAUUGUCAAAUUUACGGACCUAUCCUGAACCGCAAGAACGAGUCAGCAUCACUGCCAAACCUUAAAGUGACUUAAAACUGGAAACAGGGAUCUUUGAUCUGUCACUUCUCAUCAUUGAUGUUUUGCCUGUGAACUCCUGUGGUUCCUGGAUUUUGAGUGAACUUUUAUUAUCGACAAUUCUUCUUAUGAUUUUAAAUGAAUUCAUUAUUGAUUUAUUGAAA